UUGACGCUCAUCAGUGUGAUCUUUGCUGUGAGCUGAGUCCCUUGGCAAGAAGGGCAACCGACUGCUUCGUUUGAGCUGCAGUGUUCAUACUCUGUUAUCCCCUGGUCCUUAAAAUAUUGGUCAGAGUUACUGUGGAAUUGUUCUAACAUGUUCAUGCUGUUGUUCUGCAGUGCUUGUUGGGAAGGAGACAGACUGGGGAGGACUUGCUCUAAGUAUUCUGUAGCAUCCAACAAUGCUGUGUGAUCCAGAUAAGCUGGGACUUUGAGCCUUCAGAAGAGAGUACUCAGUGGUUCAUCACAUUAUCAUCUUCCUUUUAGGUGAACUUUAGUGAGAAUGGGAGAUACAAGAGACGUUUGUCCUCACCUGGAUUCCAUAGGUGAGGUCACCAAGGAUGACCUGCUGCUCAAAUCCAAGGGAACUUGCCAGUCGUGCAGAGCUGGGGGACCAAACCUCUGGGCUUGCCUGCAGGUUGCUUGUCCUUAUGUUGGGUGUGGGGAAUCCUUUGCGGAUCAUAGCACCCUUCAUGCACAGGCCAAAAAACACAACCUGACAGUGAACCUGACAACAUUCCGGGUGUGGUGUUAUGCCUGUGAAAAGGAGGUAUUCUUGGACCAGAGAUUGGCAGCACAUGCUCCAUCCCUGUCAUCAAAGUUCAGUGAACAGGAGUCUCCAUUGCCUGCUCACCCGCUGAAGGCAGUUCCAAUUGCGGUGGCUGAUGAAGGGGAAUCGGAAUCAGAGGAGGAUGAUCUGAAACCAAGAGGUCUUACUGGAAUGAAAAACCUUGGAAACUCCUGCUACAUGAAUGCAGCACUUCAGGCCCUCUCUAACUGCCCGCCUCUCACACAGUUUUUUCUGGAGUGUGGCGGGCUGGUACGUACGGACAAGAAGCCGGCAUUGUGCAAAAGUUACCAGAAACUGGUCUCUGAGGUUUGGCACAAGAAACGCCCAAGCUAUGUGGUUCCCAGCAGCUUAUCUCAUGGAAUUAAAUUGGUCAACCCCAUGUUCCGGGGCUAUGCACAGCAGGAUACCCAAGAGUUUCUGCGAUGCCUGAUGGACCAGCUUCAUGAAGAGCUGAAGGAACCAGUUGUUGCUGAGGCAAGAGACUCUGACUCCAGUGACACAGAUGACAAGCGGGAAGGUGACCGUAGCCCCUCAGAGGAUGAGUUCCUCUCUUGUGAUUCAAGCAGCGACAGGGGUGAUAUGGAUGGGCAAGGCAGGACAGGGGUGAGCGGCUCCCUAGCCGAGGCAGAGUUGCUGAUCCAGGAUGAGGCCGGGAGAGGGAUCUCUGAGAAAGAGAGGCUGAAAGACAGGAAAUUCUCCUACAGCCACCGGCGGAGCAACUCGGAACAAGUUGAUGAGGAUGCAGAUGUUGAUACCACCAUGAGUCCAAUUGAUGGCAGAGCUUCUCCUGAAACCCUACCUCCUCCCUGUCCUGCUAGCCCAUGUAGGACACCAGAGCCGGACAAUGACGCCUACGUGCGCUGCUCCUCACGCCCUUGCAGCCCGGUUCACCAGGAGAUGCACUCCAAACUGUCUAGUAGCCCCCCUUGCUCCAGUCCUGUGCGCCUGGGACCCUCCUAUGUGCUGAAAAAAGCCCAGGUGCUGGCUUCCGGGAAGAAGAAGAAAGAGCUUCGUUAUCGCAGCGUUAUUUCUGACAUCUUUGAUGGCUCCAUUCUCAGCCUGGUGCAAUGCCUCACCUGCGACAGAGUGCGUCUCCUUACUGCCAUUAAUCAAGUAUCCACGACAGUGGAGACGUUCCAGGAUCUGUCGCUGCCGAUUCCUGGGAAGGAGGACUUGGCCAAGCUGCACUCCGCCAUUUAUCAAAAUGUGCCCGCUAAGACGGGGACCUGCGGGGACAAUUACACCUCGCAAGGCUGGAUUGCCUUCAUCAUGGAGUACAUCAGGAGGUUUGUGGUGUCCUGUAUCCCCAGCUGGUUUUGGGGUCCCGUGGUCACACUGGAGGACUGUCUUGCUGCCUUUUUUGCUGCCGAUGAGUUGAAAGGGGACAACAUGUACAGCUGUGAACGGUGUAAAAAACUGCGGAAUGGCGUGAAAUACUGCAAAGUUCUCCGGUUACCUGAGAUCCUGUGCAUCCACUUGAAACGGUUCCGACAUGAGGUCAUGUAUUCCUUCAAAAUCAACAGCCACGUCUCCUUCCCACUGGAAGGACUGGACCUUCGCCCCUUCCUGGCCAAGGAAUGUGUCUCCCAGAUCACCACCUACGAUCUCUUGUCUGUCAUCUGCCAUCAUGGCACAGCAGGCAGUGGGCACUACAUUGCGUACUGCCAGAAUGUGAUCAAUGGCCAGUGGUAUGAGUUUGAUGAUCAAUAUGUCACUGAGGUCCAUGAGACAGUGGUACAGAACACAGAGGCCUAUGUCCUGUUCUACAGGAAGAGCAGCGAGGAGGCUGUGCGGGAGAGACAGAAGGUAGUGUCCCUUACCACCAUGAAAGAACCCACCUUGCUCCAGUUCUACAUCUCUCGAGAGUGGCUCAACAAAUUCAACACCUUUGCGGAGCCUGGUCCCAUUACUAACCACACAUUCCUGUGCGCACACGGAGGGAUCCCGCCCAAUAAAUACCAUUAUAUUGAUGACCUGGUGGUGAUUCUGCCCCAGACUGUGUGGGAGUAUCUGUAUAACAGGUUUGGGGGCGGCCCUGCUGUGAACCAUCUGUAUGUGUGCUCAGUCUGCCAGGUAGAGAUCGAAGCCCUGGCCAAACGCAGGAGGAUUGAGAUUGACACCUUCAUUAAGAUGAACAAGGCAUUCCAGGCAGAGGAGUCUCCGAGUGUCAUCUACUGCAUCAGCAUGCAAUGGUUCCGUGAGUGGGAGUCUUUCGUCAAGGGGAAGGACAAUGAGCCUCCCGGACCAAUUGACAACAGCAGGAUUGCACUCACAAAAGGAGGUGGACACGUGCAGGUGAAGCAGGGAGCUGAUUAUGGGCAGAUUUCCGAGGAGACGUGGAUUUAUUUGAACACACUGUAUGGAGGAGGGCCGGAGAUCCCUGUCCGCCAGAAUGUCGCGCAGGUGCAGGAACUGGAGAGCCUGCACGGGGAACAGAAGAUAGAGGCCGAGACGCGGGCUGUGUGAGCCGCACUGGACCAAGCGGUAGAGGUAUGCGAUUGCAGCCCUGUGUGUCUGGAACAGUGGGGGAUCGUUGGACUGAAGAACAAGGGACAUAGUUCACCUCAGAGAACUAGAGAGGAGAUUUUCCUUCUGGGGGCGGAGGUGCCCCCAGGGGCAUAGGCUUGCUCCAUCGUCCUUGUAUAACAAUGUAAAACCUCAUGCAGACUCUAGGCUUGGCUAUAAGGAUGCGGCUGGUCAGAAGAAAUGUACCGGAACCCAGCUCUGGCACACCCUCUGUGCAUAAGGCUGUGGUGGGGAGACCGUCUCCAAACAAAACUUCCGUGGAAAGAAGUUUGGCCUGAAUCUUCCCCCUGCUUUGGCUGCUCUCAAGAGUAGCCCAAGUCUGCCUUCGGUGAGUUGAAUCUCUGCUCCUUUGCAGGUGGCACUUGGCCCUAACUUCGCUCCUCUGGAGCAGUUCUGAGCACUUUUUUGGAAGUCAAAUGUAUAAAGAAGAGGCAUUGUUUUGUUCACAGUGAGUAACGUUGCGACUAGAGAAACCCAAAUUUGUUUGAAGCUGGUUAAAGCCACAAGGGCUUGUAGCCUUUGUUUUGUUCUGCUGGUGCACAAGUGACAAGCGUCCUCCACGAUUUGCUCUUGUUCUAGUUCUUGCAGCCCCAAUUACAGCAGAGAGACCAUUUCUCUUCCACUGUCAGCCAUGUGUUUGUGACCCCACGCUGCCUGCAUCUGCGUUCAUCUGCUCUGCGUGUUCUUGGUGAACAAAGUGGGAAGACGAGUAGCAGCUCCACACUGGCUUCCAUUGUGCCAUUUCCAUUUGUGCUAGUUCCUGGUAGCCUUGUAGCUGUGGACAAGUACCAGACAUGCAGGGUUCUGUUACGAGUUGCUUAAAAUCAAAGGUGUUAACCAGUCAGACUCCAUUCGAGUUGUGGAGGCUGGACAGAGGUCAGUUCUACAGCAAGUGCCAAGGGUCUUGGUUUGGCCUAGAUUAUGUUCCCCUGCCUCCGUUACAUUCUGUAGCUAUGAAACAUCUCCAUAUUCUGCUCUCCAAACACCGCUGCCCAUCCCAGCCCUGCACCCAUGGGCCUGAGGAGAGGGGAAGGGCCCACUAGGAGUGAGGGAGAACCUCUAAGCCAAGCCAUUCACUUGCAAGAAGCCAGGUGUUAACCCACCUGUGCCAAAAUGUCCAUCUUAAGAUUUACACUAAAUUUUUUCCACUCCCACUGGGGAAGGCGCCUGGCUGAGCAGUCCCCAGCUGUGGGGAUGGCCUCUCUGAACCAAGCUGCCUGCAAACAAGCAUCCAGACUCCCACAUGCAAUGCAGUGCUGAGCUUGCUCUAGCUUUUUAGGGCAGAUCUUGUUUGGUGUGUACAGUGGCUCAUUUAAUGAAUGGGAAUACCUUGCACCCCAACCUCCUGCAGCUAAUUCAGCCACCAAGCAAUGGGGUGGCAUGGAGGGGCAGGGGGUGGGAUAAAUAGAGAAUGGCAAACACCAUUUUUCAUGUCUAAGCUGCUUUUCAAAAUGACCGAUUUGGAUUUAGCAGUUUACUCCAAUGUAAAUCAGUCAGGUGACUGCAAAAUCCAGCAUGGCUCUGGGAAGGGCUCUGCAAGCCCUUGAGUGAGACACACCGAGUGUAGGGCAGAGCGAGGCUGGCGUGGCUUAUCUGGCCAGCUCAAGUGCGUCUGGACCAGCCUCGCAGGAUGUCUCGGACGAGAGCCACGCUGCAUGCUCACAGUGGCGCUGGUGGUGGGAACAGAAUGAAUUCACCUCAUCAGCCCAGCUCCAGCGUGUGACUGUGGCCUUGGGAAGCCCACACGCUCGUAGCAUAAAAGAUGAACAAGUGUGGAAGGGGGCUGCUGUUUGUCUCACUGCAGGGAAGUGAAACUAGGUGGGGGGAGGGAGUUUCUGAAAUGUGGCCUUCACAGGUUUUUAGACCAAAUGUUUGCUGCAAACAGCAAGUUCUUGUUUAAAAAUAUUUUUUUCCUGUAACUGGUUUAAUGUGUUUCUUUUACUGUCUUGGUUACCUGGAUCCUUGUCUAUACCCAGCCUGGUGGGGGGGAAUCGGGGGGGGUGUCAAAGAAUGAGCCACUGUUGGAUUUCUCAGUGUUUUAAGCUGUUUUUUGUUAGCUGCUGCAGCCAGCAUUGAAUCUAUUGUGGAGCCUCUAGGGCUGCAUGUUGUAUCUUGUGUCUGUGUUGUCUAGAGGAUGCCGCACAGAUUGUAAUUACACUCCCGUGCUCAAGUAUUACACUUUGUGCUAAGGCUGUGUUACAAUAAAUACACGUGCAUUCAA